GCUGAUCACAUGACCAGGUGCGGUUGUAAUGGUUGAUCUGCUGCUUCUGUUGUCGAGCUGUCAAAAAGAAAAAGCCAAACUGUAAAUAGCACCGUUGUUGUCAGACACAUUUGAAGCAUAUAAAUGAUCAGUGUUAAGAAGUGGCUGUUAUGGAGGAAGUGAGGGGUUCUUUACAGACCCUGAGGCAUGUUGGUCCGAUCAGGAUCAUGCCAUCUUGCACCUCCUCCUAAACAACAGAACCUCCUGCUGUCAACAUGGCCUCUGGUUACCCUCCCACCUUUGAGGGUGCAGGUGAAGUGAAGGAGGGUUUUCUGUGCCCGCUGUGCCUGAAGGACCUCCAGUCGUUCUUCCAACUCCAAGGACACUACGAGGAGGAGCACUCAGAUGAUCGUCAGAUCAGAGGGCAGAUUAAAAGUUUGGUUCAAAAAGCAAAGAAAGCAAAAGAUAAACUGUUGAAAAGAGAUGGAGAUGACAGACAGGAUGCUGGCAGUUAUGAGUCCUUCUAUUACGGAGGAGUGGACCCAUAUAUGUGGGAACCUCAGGAACUGGGAGCAACAAAAAGUCACCUGGACUCCUUUAAGAAACACAGAGCAGCCCGGAUUGAUCAUUAUGUCAUCGAGGUCAACAAGCUGAUCAUCAGACUGGAAAAGUUGACAGCGUUUGACAGAACCAACUCAGAUUCUGCUAAGAUCAGAGCCAUCGAGAAAUCUGUAGUGUCCUGGGUGAAUGACUCCGACGUCCCGUUCUGCCCUGAUUGCGGGAACAAGUUCAACAUCCGAAACAGGCGGCACCACUGUCGUCUCUGUGGAUCGAUCAUGUGUAGGAGGUGCAUGGAGUUUGUUCCACUUCCUUUGGCCCAGAAGCUCAUCAGUGGUACCCGAGAGGCCCUGUGUGUUCCUGGAAGUCCUGGUCAAUCCCACUCUCAGCCUGCAGGAGGUGGUAGCAGUGGGAUGGGCUCGAGGAGAGGCAGCAUUAGCAGCUUGAGCAGCGUGGCCUCCAUUUUGGAAGAAAAAGAUGAUGAGAAGAUCCGCUGCUGUCGUCACUGUAUGGACACGCUGCUGAAGAGACAGCAGAAGUUAGAAGAGAAAGACCAUGUUCCUGACAUUGUGAAACUUUAUGAGAGGCUGAGGAUGUGCAUGGAGAAAGUGGAAGAAAAGGCUCCAGAGUAUAUUCGAAUGGCUGAGUCUCUCAAUGCCGGAGAAACCACUUAUAAUCUCGACACAGCAGCUGGAUUGAGACUGGAAGUCCAGAAAUACUACGAACUAAUUGAUGCUCUAAGUAAAAAGAUUUUAACACUUGGAGUUAAAAAUGACCCACCUCCACAUCCAAAAGCGCUUCAGCUACAGAGGAUGAUCCGCCACACAGCAACACUAUUUGUCCAGGAGAAGCUGUUGGGUUUGAUGUUUUUACCCACUAAAGAGAAAUACGAAGCGUUGAAAGAAAAGAGAAAACAGGAGCAAGAGAGAAGACUCCAACAAGAGAGACUGGCAUCCCAGGAGUAUUUGAAGAGGAGGCAAGAGACUGAGAAGAGUCGUCCACCAGCCAACGGAGAGCUGCCCCAGGCUCCCAGAGAACCACGUAUGACCAAAGCUGGAGGUUGGCUGCCCUCUGCAGACUCUGCUCACAUACGCCGCGAGCUGGAGGACCCCCUCCUGCAGCAGAUUGAAAACAUUCAGUCCUUCCUUCGUCAGGCUCGCGAGGCGCAAAGAACAGACGAGGUGGCUAUGUUGGAGGAGAACUUACGACAGCUGCAGGAAGAGUACGACCAGCAGCAGACCAGCCUCGCCAUUGCCCUCUCCAAGCAGCAGGCUGAGGAGGACAGCUUACAGCAGGAGGAGCUUCAGCGUCUGGAGGCCCAGGAGAGGGAGCAGAGCGAGCACUGGGGCUCCACCCAGCUGUCAUUCACCUGCGAGCCGUCUCUGGAUAUGAGCCCGACAGGGGGAUACCAGCUGGAGAACACAGCAGCAGAGGUCCUGAUUCGUAAGGCUGACGGGAGUCCAUCAGCUUUAAGGUUGCACCCCACUCUCACAUCCCAGGAGGAGUCUCCCCCUAGAUUAAGAAGCUUGGGAGGACACAUAACCCCACCUAGCAGUGAAGGCCAGAGCAACAACUCCUUUAACCCGUUCGACGACGAGGACGCCACUCCCAUUGAGGAAGAUCCAUCCAAUCCCUUCUUUGAAGACAUCAAGAAGGAGCACAAGGAUGUAGCUAAUGGGAAGAAAGAGUACAACCCCUUUGACGAAGAAGAAGCAGAUGGAGAAAAUGAUCAACAGGCUGACACUGUGGCAGCUGGGAACCCCUUCGAGGAGGACGACAGCAGUGCAGGGAACCCCUUCAUGGAGGCCUCUGGGAAUUCUCCAGAGGUCUCGACCAACCCCUUUGACAUGGAGGACGAUGACGAGGUUCUGCCUGAUGUGGACAUGAUAGAGGAGGAGCUGCUGCUGCAGCAGAUCGACAACAUUCGGGCUUACAUCUUCGAUGCGAAGCUCAGCGGGCGUCUCGACGAGGUUGAGCUCUUGUCUGAGAAUCUAAGAGAGCUACAGCACACUCUACAGGAACAAAAGAAGAAGCACUGACACAUUUUAGCCCUGAUCACCUGCUACUUACUAAGUCCUACAAGGCUAGAUCACUUUACACAACUAACAACCCUACUAAGGUUCGUUUGGCUGAGGUCUGCUGCACCCCAGGUCCAUGGAGGAGUUAAGUUUUUGGCAUAUUUGUAAGCUGAUAGUGUCUUACCUGCAAUAGUUGGUCAGAACACUGUUUGUGAUGGCAAAACCAAAAUAAUUCAUGUGAUGCGUGACAGAUUUGUUUUCAUUCCAUCUACAAUAUUUGAAACAUUACAAAACAUCAUAUAGUUCAAACACUAUUUUGUAUUUCUUCACUGUAACACUUUAUAUACAUUAAAUAAUUUUUGUGCGCAUACAGAACCUAACUCUUUCAGCACAGGUCAACUGGUAAAACACUGAAGUUGCUAUGAAAACACCACUGGAAAUGUGCAAAUUCAACAAGCUCAAAAAGCAGAUUUAUAGCUUAGAUAUUUCUGAAAAAUCUCAUUUAUGCUCCUAAAUGAAAGUUGACACCAAUCAGUUCAGGGCAAAUAUAUAGGGCCUGUAGAGCAGUGCAGAUUUACCGGUUGAAUUUGUUUCAUUCCAGUGGCGUUACCACAGCUGCCUCCAGCGUGUUCCUAAUAAACGUGCGCGCUUGGCCUGCUUCGUGCAUUUGUACCAAUUUUUAACUACAAAAUUGUCUAUUGAACUAGCUUGACUUUUGUCUUCUGCAGGUAAGACAUUGAUUGCUUUUGAAUAUUUAACCCCAAUUAAAAAAAUACAACAAUCCCUUUAAUACUUUGGAUAAGUAUAUAUUAGUGGUCUGUAGCCUGGAUUCACUUUUUCGUCUUUUUUAAACCACUUCUCUAGUGUAGGGGGUUGCACAUGACUGGAGUUUGUCCUCUGCACAAAUUUAAAGCACUGAGUGAAAACUCGUUUGUACAGGUGUGUAAUUGAAGUCAAAAGAGUAGAAAACAGGAGAAUGUUGUAUUAAUGAGUCCAAUGA